AUUUUCAAUCAUUAUCGAGCUGCAGGUUCUAGGAAGUUUCCUCUGACAUCUAAGAUGAUUAAUCAUUCUAUAAAUAAGGGGGAUCGGAUUCUUUUUUAAUUUCCUCUGAUCCAGCAAUUGCAACGGAAUGGAGAAGGAGAAGGUGGGCGAUUCUCACUCGUCUUCAGAUCCCGUUUCGCCAACUAGUAACGAGAUGAUGAAGGAGCCUCCGCGGAGACUCGGCAUAGGUACUCCAGAAAUCUGUUUCGAAAAGAUAAAAAGUGUCUUAGAAAAGCUUAAAGGGGUAUUAUCUCUUUUAUUUAUUGGAUUAUCUCUCUUGUUUUCAACAUCCUAUCGGGCGAUAAUGGGAAUGGUGAUGAUCAUGAGUUACCUUCAUACUCAGAAGUAUACAAUGGAGUUAGAAAAUGAGAGGGGCGAUGCCAUCAACGAUGCAAUCAAGUCAAUUACUGAACUUGAUGCAAUUAAGUUAGAAGGAGAAGAAAAAGAAGAUGAUGAUGAUGAUGAUGAUGAUGAUGUUAUUCACGAUGAAAAUGAAAAUGACGAAGAAGAAGAAAUAAAACUUUUUCUUGCAUCUGUUUUUGAUCAUAGUGAUGAUCACCAGAGGGUCGCCCCCCGCCGCAUGGGUAUGUCAUUACCCGUAGGCAGGAUCCCUGAGAUACCAAUUCCCGAAGUUACUGCUCGGCGUACGGAAGUGCUCUACCAUAGUGAAAAAGAAACGGAGUCCGGAAAUUACCACAAUGGCAGAGAUAGGACCGUAAUGCCCAUGGACUACAUUCAGCGUAAAACGUCACGAGUGUCGGCGUUGCAAGAAAUUGCGUCACGAGUGCCAGAAGUUGCUGAUACGAAAAUCACAAUGGAGCACAGUAAAAAUAGUCGGCGGUGGUGGCAGUCAUGGUGGAGAUAGAAAUAAAAUAAAUAUUUAAAAUUGAUUUUUAACAUUAAAAGUUAGGUAUGAAGUGUUUUUCUUAGUUGUAAUUUUUGGAGGAGUUAUGGUCAGAGUCGCCCUGGGUAGGGCUAUCAGGCGUCCAGGGCAAAAGGGAGAUUGUUCGCAAUGGAUGCCAUCGGCGAAGGCCGAAGCCAUGCAUGACAAGCUCAGCCAGAGGCAACGGAGAGCACCGCCGGAGUCUCGAGGAGGCGAUCACCACCCACAUGGCCUUUUGCAGCAAGUCAUUCAUCUCCAAUCUGGCCAACAAGGUCACCGACGGCAUGCGGCAAAUGCUGAGGCAAGAGUUUUUUUGGCGAUUUGUCCAACUCAGCAUCGUCCGUCAAGUUCGGAUUCAGAAUGGCAAGGAUCGGCGACUUCGAUGUUUUUAAUUUCUGUGUACAUAUUGGCUCAAUGAAAUUGCUCCUUUUGAGGAUAACAUUCAAACGCCCAACUUUGGUGAAGAUUGUGAUUCUAUUCUGGUUGAAAUCGAUAGGAUCAAUGAUCAAUAAUGAAUGGCUAGAAUUCAAGAUUCAUUUUCAAUCCCUUUUC